AUGCAAUUGGUUGGUCACAGGCCGCCGUCCGCGGAAGUGCCAACCACGAAGCAUCGAUAUACACAACCACCCGCCAUGGUGACAGCAACAACCACCAACGGCCUUCCGCCGCGCGAGCGUCCGCGACCCACGCCACCAGCCGUCGCAAAAGCCGAGCAGCAGUGGCUGUUCACCGACGAAGAGCUGAACCAAGCGCCUUCCAUCCUUGACGGAAUGACACCUGAAGAUGAACGGACUCUGCGCAAGAAGGGCGUCAACUUUAUUCUGCAGGUCGGCAUGAUGCUCAAACUGCCUCAGACGACCCUGUCCGUGGCUGCUAUCUUCUUCAACCGCUACCUCAUGCGCAACAGCUUGAAAGCCAGGCCUGGUUACAAACCCCUCCAUCACUAUGUAAGCACUCUCUCCGUUGUCGGGUACGAUCCGGCAUCGCUAAAACCCUAUAAGCAAGUCGCCGCCACCGCCCUCUUUCUCGCCACCAAGGUUGAGGAGAAUUGUCGCAAGAUGAAGGAAGUGGUCGUCGCCUGUGUCCGGGUCGCACUCAAAGACCCCAACAAGCUCGUGGACGAACAAAUGAAGGAUUUCUGGAAGUGGAGAGACACCAUCUUGUAUUCCGAAGAUGUGCUGUUGGAGACUCUCUGCUUUGACCUCAGCGUCGAACCACCAUACAAGACCAUGUAUGAUAUGCUACGCUACUAUGGUGUCGAGCACAACAAGCGCCUCCGCAACGCCGCAUGGGCAUUCCUCUCCGACUCUUCAAGCACACAACUGUGUCUCCUCUUCGACUCCCGCACCCUCGCCGCUGCCUCGCUGUACACCGCCGCCCGCCUCGUAGACGUUGAGUUUCCGGAGGAGGAUGGAAAACCGUGGUGGGAGAUACAGCAUGUCGGACUCCGCGACAUUCGACGCGCAUGCAAUCGCAUGGCCGAUUUAUACGAGGCCAUACCCACAAAGGACGGAGAACAAAAUAUGUACGUCGGGUUGCGGUCUCCCGAGGACAUCGAUUUCGAUACUCCGACCCCAAGCAACCAAACGGGUCCGACAAACGGCGCUGGCGCAGAUGAAGUUGUGAGCGAAGAAGGCGAGCUGGAUGGAUAGAGUUCUCCCUUGAGCCAGCAGAUUCCUUCUC